CUUUUUAGACAAGCGUCAGCUUUGUGGGCUCUCUUCUCAAGUUUUUCACACACUGACUGUGUGCCGCUCCUCCGACGUGUACAUCAGCUUGAAGAGCUCCAAAGCGUUUUAGCUCGCAUCUGGACAAAUAAAACAAAAUGCCUGGACCAGCAGCAAGUGCCACCAAUGUUGGAGCCUCUAGCAGAUCCCCCAGCAAGACAGUGGCUCCCCGUGCAGCAGGCUCCACAGUCAGACAGAGGAAAGCUACCAGCAGUGGUACACGCAGCGGUGGCAGGACCACGGGAUCUGCUGGCACAGGCGGCAUGUGGCGCUUCUACACUGAAGACUCACCGGGACUCAAAGUCGGUCCGGUGCCCGUGCUGGUGAUGAGCCUGCUUUUCAUCGCGUCAGUCUUCAUGCUUCACAUCUGGGGGAAGUACACCCGCUCUUAAACAACCCUGGCCGAAUGACCUUUGACCCUGCGCCUCAGUUUCUUAACUCUUUGGACCUGGACCAAACAACAAAUGAACCACCAUACCCUCCCCACCUCCUUUUCUCUGCUGUCACUACAAACACACAAAUUGGAUUUUUCUGUACACGAUCUUCAUCUGCGUCUGACUCUGGUGACCACCUUGUUGCUCCUUCCCAUCACUGUGUGCAUGUGUCACACAUGAUGGGGUGAAUGGAGAGAAGCGGUGUCGCUGUCCCUUUCAAGCAGCAGGAGUAGCCUGUGUUCACUCCAAUGCUGUAUGAAUUAAAUGCAGUGCCCAAGGACAUCGUUGUUUUCAGGCCCCCCACCAACAUUUCUCCCCGUAGCCUGAAUUACAAUUUUAUUUUUUUUUGUUAUCAGCAUUUGUACAAAAUGUGAUUGUAUUAUUGUACAAUUAAAAAAAAAAAAGUAAAAAUUAA